CGUAAAGCGCGGCGGUGUUGACAGCGGCCGGCGGAGCAGGAAGAGACUGGGACGAACUGGGAGCAACUGGGACCGACUGGGCGCGCCGGGACCGGGACAGCGGGGAGCACUCGCAGCCAUGAGCCGAGCCAGGAGGGUCCCGGGCCGGGGGGCGGCCAUGGCCCGGCAGAUGGGUUUGGUGCUGGAUGCCCCCCCGGAGGGGGUCCCGGAUGGAGCUGAACUGGAACAGGAGCUGCUGGAGCUGCUGGGGGAGCCCCGGGGGGCUCCAGGGAGGGUGGCCCCGACCACCCCACAGGGCCUGGCAGCCGUGGGGGCCCUGGCCCAGCUCUGCCUCAGGGACCCCGCUGAGGAGGAGGAGGAGGAGGAGGAGGAAGAGCUGGAGGAUGAGGAGGAGCUGCUGGCGGAGCUGCAGGAGGUGCUGCAGGAGGGGGACGGGAGCGAGGCCACCACGGAGACAACCCAGGAGCCCUUGGGUCCCGCCCUGCUCUCGGUGCUGUCGGAGCGGCUGGAUCUGUACCGGGAGGCCGCUGGGAACGCCCGGGACGCCGGGGACGGGGCGCGGCUGCGGCGGCUCCAGCGCGGCCUGCGGACCCUGGAGCAGCUGUUGGAGUCCGUCCGGAGCGGGAAGAGCAUCGAUGAGGCCGAGAUUCCCCCUCCGGUGGCGCUGGGAAAGGGGGGCAGGGGCCCUGCCCAGGAACCCCCAGAGACCCCCAACCCCCCAGCCCAGCCCCCGAGCCGUACCCUGGCCCCAUCCCCGGCUCCCUGCCCGGCUCCCUGCCCGGCUCCCUGCCCGGAUCCGAGCCCCGUCCCGGCGCUCCGGGUGCGGCUCCGGGAGCUGCAGCGGGAAGCGCUGCUGGCCAAGCGCCGGGGGGACACGGCCACCGCCCUGGGCCACUACCGGGCGGCCAAGAGCCUGGAGGCGCAGCUGGAGGCGCAGGGGCAGGGCCGUGCCCCGGGUCCAGAGCCAGAGGAGCCGAAGGAUCCGGUGCCAAGGGAUCCGGAGCCGAGGGAUCCACUGAUGCCGAGGGAUCCACCGAUGCCAAGGGAUCCACCGGAGCCGAGGGAUCCACCGGCACCCCCCGCCCCAGGAGCCCCCCCAGCCCCCCGGGACGUGAGGGAGGCGCUGGAGCAGCGCAUGGAGCGGUACCGGGCGGCCGCUGCCCAGGCCAAGGAGAGCGGGGACGGCAGGAAAGUCCGGAUGCACGAGAGGAUUGUGAAGCAAUACCAGGCCGCUCUCCGUGCUCUCAGUGCCGGCAAAGCCGUGGAUCUCUCGGAGCUCCCGGUGCCGCCAGCCCAGGCCCAGCUGGAAUUCCUGGAGCUCCGCAGGGCCCAGUUCUCCCGGGCCGCGCUCCGGGCCAAGCGCAGGAACGACCUGGGGGCGGCCAAGGAGCUGCUGCGCCGCGCCAAGGGCGUCGAGGGGCUGCUGGGGGCCGCCCGGGGGCUCCCCGUCGACCUGGCGCAGGUCCCAGAGCCCCCCCUGGACGGGACUGAGUUCGAGCUGGGCCCUGGGGGGGUGCCGGUGCCCCCCGAGACCACCAAGACCUUCCUGCAGCUGGCAGGGACUCUGAGGAAGCAGCACCAGAUGUGUCUCACCUACUCCCGGCAAUUCGCCCACCUCGGGAACAUCUCAGAGACCACCAGGUGCGAGGCCCUGGCCGAGGAGUGCCGGCGGCACAUGGAGACCCUGAGGAGGGCCCACAACAGGGGGGCUCCCCCCCCGAGACCCCGCUACGAGCACAGGACCUUCAGCGUCAUCAAGAUGUUCCCAGAGCUGAGCAGCAGCGACCUGGAGCUGGGAAUAGAGAGGGGAAUCGGCCUCCCAGUGCCCCCAGGUGAGGGACUGGGAACUGGCCCCAGUGACCUGGACACCUUCGUGCGCUUCGAGUUCCCCCACCCCAGUGCGGAGGAGGCUCAGCGGGACAAGACCCCCGUGGUGAAGAGCACGGAUUGUCCUGAAUUCGGGGCGCGGUUCCGGCUCCGGCUGCUCCGGGGGCACCGAGGGCUCCGGAGGCUCCUCAGCUCCCGAGGGAUCAAGUUCGAGGUGGCCCAGAAGGGGGGGCUGUUCCGGCCGGAGCGCGCUCUGGGAUUGGCGCAGCUGCGGCUCCAGGGCCUGGAGGGCUCCUGCGAGCUCCGGGAGCAGCUCGAGCUGCUGGAUGGGCGACGCCCAACGGGGGGUCGGCUGGAGGUUUGGGUUCGGAUCCGGGAGCCCCUCGGGAGCCAACGGGAGCUGGAGCCGCGCUCCGAGCGCUGGAUGGUCCUGGAGCCCGGGAACGAGGCCCAGGUCACUGCUCCCAAACGGGCCCCAGCAGCCCCAAAGGACGGGAACAACAGAUCCCUCCCGACAUUCCCGAGCCUCCACCUGCUGCUCUUCGAGCGGGAGCGGCUGGAGCGGAAGAUGGUGCCGUUCAGCCGGGGGGGCCUCCCGGUGCCCCCCGAGCUCCGGCAGCAGCACCAGGAGCUGCUCCGGCGGAUCCAGGGGCUGCGGACGCGGCUGCAGGGAGGGGACCCCCAGUUCCGCUCGGAGUACCUGGAGCAGCUGCAGCGGCACCUCCAGCUCUACACGGCGGCCGCGCGGCGCCUCGGCACCGAGGGGCAGCGGGAGGCAGCCAAGGAGGCCCUGUACAAACGGAACCUGGUGGAGAGCGAGAUCCAAAAGCUCCGUGGAUGAGGCCCCCCCCCAGCAGGGGCUGGGACCAGACAGGGUGCAGGGAGUUUGGGGGUGCUCUGGGGACCCCCUUCCUGCCACUGCUGCUGUGACAAUCACAGGCAUCUGAGCUGCUGCUACGUGACCCCCCCGGGGUGACAGGGACCCCCCCAAAAUCCCCCUCAGGGUGACACUGACCCCUCCCAAUGACAGGGGGACACUGACCCCCCCCAAUGACAAGGUGAUGGUGACCCCCCUGAAUCCCCCCCAAUAACAGGGUGACACUGG